AUGGCGCCUCUUCUGGGCCUGGGCCUGGGCCUGAUGCUGGCCCUGAGCCUGCCGGGGGCGCGGGCCCUUGACUGUGAGUCCCUUGGCCCGGCUCCGCGCCUGACCUUCACUCGGGCAGCCAGGGACCGGUGGCUGGCCCCUCGUGUGCGGGCUCCAGGGCCCCUGGACCACCUCUACGGCACCGUGCGUCGCUUCCUCUCCACCGUGCAGCUCAACCCCUUCCCUGCCGAGCUGGUGCGGGACUUGCUGAACGAGCCGGCCUCCGUGAAGGUGGAUGAGGUGGUGCGGUACGAGGCUGGCUACGUGGUGUGCGCCGUCAUCGCGGGCCUCUACCUCCUGGCAGUGCCCACCGCAGGGCUCUGUUUCUGUUGCUGCCGUGGCCACCAGCGCUGCGGGGGCCCAGGGAAGACGGAGUACAAGGAGAUGGCCUGUGAGCGCGGCACCCUCAUGACCUUCCUGCUGCUGACCACCCUCGUGCUGCUGAUUGGCGUUGUCUGUGCCUUUGUCACCAACCAGCGUGUGCAUGAGCACAUGGGCCCCAGUGUCGAGGCCGUGCCCGAGACGCUGCUCAGCCUCCGGGGCCUGGUCUCUGAUGUCCCCCAGGAGCUGCAGGCUGUGGCACAGCAGUUCUCCGUGCCCCAGAACCGCGUCUUGAAGGACCUGGAUGGUGUUGCCAUGAGCAUCGGGAGCGCAAUCCACACCCAGCUCCGGAGCGCGGUGUAUGAGACGCUGGCUUCACUGCUCGGCCUGGGCCAGGCCCUGCAGGUCUCAGUGGACCACCUCCGAGCGCUGAAUGCCACCCUUCUGGAGCUGCGGGAGGGGCAGCAGCACCUGGAUCAGGCUGUUUCGGCGCACCGGGAGCGCCUCCGCGACCUGCUGCAGGAGCCCGGCUGCCGGGGCUGCCGGGAGACCCUGAGCCAGGCCCAUGGCCUGGAGCUGGGAGCUGACUUCAGCCAGGUGCCCCAUGUGGACGAUGUCCUCCAUCGCCUGGAGGGGGUCCCGGAGGCCAACUUCUCCAGCAUGGUCCAGGAGGAGAACAGCACCUUUAACGCCCUCCCACUCCUGGCUCCCUUGCAGUUGGCCGAUGUGGUCAAAGAGCUGAAGAAGGCAGUGGCCCAGCAGCCUGGAGGGCUGAAGACACUGGCCAAAGCGUUCCCAAACUGGGAGGCGGCCUCUCGCUGGAGCCAGGCACUGGAGAAGGUGGAAAACAGUAGCCGCCCCUACCUGAAGGAGGUGCAGAGAUACGAGAAAUACAGGUGGAUUGUGGGCUACAUCCUGUGCUCUGUGGUCCUGCUUGUGGUGGUCUGUAACCUCGUGGGCCUCAACCUGGGCAUCUGGGGGCUGUCUGCCCAGCGGGACCGCAGCCACUUGGAGGCCAAGGGCAGGGCUGGAGCCCGCAUCCUCAUGAUUGGGGCCAGCCUCAGCUUCCUCUUCGCUGCACCCCUCAUCCUCCUCGUCUUCUCCACCUUCCUGGUGGGUGGCAACGUGCAGACGCUGGUGUGUCGGAGCUGGAAGAGCGGGGAGCUCUACGAGUUUGUUGACACACCGGGGAACUUGCCCUCGUCCAUGAACUUGUCCCGCCUUCUUGGUCUGAAGAAGAACAUCAGUAUCCUCCUAGCCUAUCAGCAGUGCAGGAAAGGGGCUCCGCUCUGGAGGGUCUUGCAGCUCAAUGACUCCUAUGACCUGGAGACGUACCUGGAUCUGAGCCAGUACUCGGCCAAGCUGGAGCAGGAGUUGCAGAACUUCAAAGUGGAUAUGGAGAGUCUGGACCUGCUGAGCCCAGCUGGCCUCCGGGACCUGAAGACCCUGCAGAGCAGUGGGCUUAGUGACAUCCACUACCCUGGCUUCCUCAUCCAGAUUGAGAAGCCCGUGGUGAACACCAGUGUGGAGAAGCUGGCCCACGAUCUGGAAGGACUGUCCCAUUCUCAGGGCAAUUCUGUGCUGGGGAAGCAACUGCAGGAAGAGGCCCAAGGGCUCAGAACCCUCUACCAGGAGAAGGUCCUCCCCCAGCAGAGCCUUGUGGCCAAGCUCAACAUCAGUGUCAUGGCUCUGGCAUUCUCAGCACCAAACCUCCAGCGGGAGACCUCAGGUGCCCUGGACAGGGUCACCCAGCUGAAAGGAGAGCUGCCGGACUGGGCCAGCCGUGUCCUGAGGAACGAAAGCAAGUGCUUCCUGACCCGGGAGAUGGGCUACUUUUCCCAGUACGUGGCCUGGGUGAGAGAGGAGGUGACUCAGCACAUCGCCACCUGCCAGCCCCUCUCUGGAGCCCUGGACAAUGGCCGUGUGAUCCUGUGUGACAUGAUGGCUGACCCCUGGAACGCCUUCUGGUUCUGCCUGGCGUGGUGCACCUUCUUCCUGGUCCCUAGCAUCAUCUUCGCUAUCAAGACCUCCAAAUACUUCCAUCCCAUCUGGAAACGCCUCAGCUCCAGCAGCUCUGAGGAGACUCAGCUCUUCCACAUCCCCCGGGUCACCUCCCUGAAGCUGUAG